UAAAAUAAAUUAAAACUAUAUUGUAUUUUAAUUCUCAGUUUAUUACUCAAACUUGUACAACAGUUCAUUAGAAUUAAUAAAAAAAUGUCUCGACUUGGUGCUUUGCACUUGACUAAACCCACAGGGCCCAAGCAUACGGCGACAGUAAUAUUUUUUCAUGGAUCUGGGGAUACAGGUGGAAACAUGAAGGAGUGGGUGAAUAUAAUGGCACGCAAUUUUACAUUUCCUCACAUCAAGGUGCUGUUCCCAACGGCUCCGCUGCAACCUUACACCCCCAAUGGCGGUGCCAUGAGCAAUGUUUGGUUUGACCGUGCUAAUAUAUCUAUUAAUGCCCCUGAAAAACUUGAUUCAAUAUCUAGAAUAGAGGUAGAGGUUAAGGAUCUCAUCCAAGGAGAAAAUAAAUUAGGAAUACCUAGCAACAGAAUAAUUAUAGGUGGAUUUUCAAUGGGUGGUUCACUGUCUUUCCAUACGGCAUAUAGGUGGGACAGGAAUAUUGCCGGAGCAUUUGUGUUCAGCUCGUUUCUCAAUAAUGGCUCAGUUGUGUACGAAGAGCUAAAAAAUGCAUCCAGCUCUCCAUUACCACCUCUGCUACAAUGCCAUGGUGACAACGAUGACGUGGUGCCACUGGAGUGGGGCCAAACUACUUUCAACGAGUUGAAAACCCUCGGAGCUCCAAUACAGUUUCACGUUUUGGAGAGGCUGGGACAUCAAAUCAAUAAACGGGGACUUCACCUCAUAAGGGAUUUUAUUGAUAAACAUCUGCCUGAUGUCUGA